UAUUUUGAUCCUAAAUUUAAGAUGGAAAUUUGAAGCUUUUCUUUAGUUGGCUUCUCACUUGAAGGUAGCAAAUUUCCCUGAUUGUAACCUUGUCAAAUGAUUUCUUGUUCAUAUUGUACACAGUGCACUGAUUUCUUGUUGCUAUGCGCCUUAGUGAAUUCUUGAAUGUAUUGGAUAAUGCAGUAAUAUUUUGCAGUGGUUUUGUCUCUAGGCAAAGUUUUGUGUUAUUUCUACGCUUUCAAGACAGUUGAAAAAUGUAUAUGGUAAUUGUGAUUAAUCCGCUGCGAUUUAUUGCGAUUAAAGAACAGCUAAGCAUCCUGCCACAAUUAAGUCACCUUUGCUUCGGUAUAAGAUGCAAGCUCAUAUUUAGCUCAUCCCCUUUUGCUGACCUUUAAAUCGUGUAUUGUAUUACAUUUGCGAUUGGUGUUUUCUCAAAAUUUGGAAAACACGUCAAAGUUUCCAAGUCAGCUCAAAACACUAAUGCAAACCAUCGAAAAGUCAAUUACGAUAAGGUCCCGAUAGAGCCUGCGAUAAAGCAUUGAUAUAGCGAUCAUUAUACCAUCAAAUUCGGAAGGCGAGCUCCACAAUAACAUCUCUCUCAUAUACUGUACAGACUUCUGUUAAAAUGCAGUUAGGCGCAUCUUCCUGUUUAUCUCGUCCUUGACAAAGCUUUCCGUACAGUCAGUCGGGAUGCAACAGUCCAACAUUUACAAACAUUAACCUACAACUAUGAAAUAGGACAGAAUUCAGAGAAAGGCCUUUCUUUACAAUAAUUUUAAUCAGCAAUGAUAUUCUUGAAUUUGCAAGUUAUCCAAGCAAGAUCAUUUUGCAUGUAUAGAGCUAGACUCUUAAAAAACAAAAUCCUGGAUAAUCAGCAAUAGUUUUAGCAACUCGUAGACUUUAUUUAACAAGUUGGUGGAUAUUUUAAUGUGCUUAAUGGUUGGUUUGUGUAUUAAGUAUAUCAGAAGAAAGACAUGAAAGAAAGAAAAUUGACGCAAUCGGGUGUGUUUCGAUAGGCGGUGAAUUUGAAGGUAGCUAAUAGCACGUGACAUUGACGACCUAAGAUGCAUUAGGAAGAUUCGAGGUUCCUCUUUUCUGCUUCAUGUUCACGUCUCUUCGUUUCUUGUCCGGACUCCCUUACAAAUACAAGAAUGCUAACCCCAUCAAGCCAGUUUACAUGAAAUUUUCAACAGGUGGAUUCUAAAUAAUAAUGGCACAGAUUCAGGACGUCUUAUCGCAACAGGAGCUCAUUUUGCUCUUUUAAUAUCAAUUUGAGAAGCAAAGGACAAAAACUUCGCAAAAGCGAAACGUACAGAUUAAAUUCAAUUUACCUUUGAGAACGAAUGAAUACUUUCGAUGCUGGAAUGACUAGUGUUUUUCAUAUUUUGAGUUUUCAAGUGAGCUCUACUUUGUGUGUCAUUUGUUGCAAAAACAAGCAGAGUUAUUGAAAAUAGUAACUAUGUAAAGCCUAUUUCAUCAUCUUUCUAUGAGAUGUAAUAUUUAGGUUUCUGGUGUAAGUCCGGUCUGGUAAAAUGACGUAGAGAUUUCAAGCAAUUCUUUUUCCUUUACCUAACUGUUUUUAUCAAACAUUGUGACCGUUAUUAAUGAGAAAAACAAACUAGAAAACUAAUUUUAAUAUCAAAGCCAUCAAAUUUUCUCGCAAUAAGAGACUUUAAACAAACAGUUCUGGAAAUAUCUUUGUAAAGUGGCAUCUCACGAAAUUAAAGUUGAAAGUAAUAUUUUUUGUUUGAGUAGAAAUAUGAAAGUAUAUUUUUUAUUGCUGCAGUGCGUGACAAAGCAAUAUGAUGACAAUCAUGACAAGGUUACCAUGGUUCUGCUGAAAACAAUUUUGCAUAUGAAUUUUUAAGGGGGUGGGUUUCAUUUGAAAAGCUUCUUUUAGCCGCGAGGGCUCAUGAAACUUUAAUCAAGUUCAAUUGAGAUUUGUGUGAGUCACCUGCACAGACAAUGCAACUAUACUUCAAAAAAGUUUUCGUAGUAAAUGUUGAGCGGAUUAAACUAAAAAAUACAAACCUGAGAAAGUCAGUGUUUUUAAGGAGAUGCAAUAUGCUGAAGCAUUGCAAGUCUAGAAACAAUUCUGUCCAGCUCAGUUUUGCAGAGUUAGGCCCGGAUAGCCUUGCGACGUGGGGCUCAGAUGGGAUGAAUGAGUCGAGAGGAAAAAUAAAUAGCAAGAAGACGUCCUUAGAUUUCGAGGAAAAGAGUUCUAACUCCGUAAGACCGAAGUCAAGUUUAUCAUGGAUGACGAGCUCUACGAUGGAAGCAAAUGUUGCGAAAAGUAGCACUUUAGAGAACACAACAAAAGAAGAUAACAAAGGAGUCGGGAGCCAUGUUUCUUUUCCUUAUAAAUGUAUAUUGCUUGCUUCAAUAACAAUGGCCUUCGUUCUUGGAAUCACCUUUGCAAUCGGUGUCAUUUACAUUGGCUAUUACCCGGAACAAAAAUUUCUCAACACUGGUGACGCGCUGGUUAUAGAUUAUUCAACGUAUUUUUGUUCUGCAGUUUCUACAACUACUUCUAAUAUUUGGCUUACUGCACUGGUGAAUGUUGAUAAAAACAAGGAAGUUCAAUACACUACGAGUGAUGUUUUAAGAAUUGAAAUAGGCCAAUUUUGGAGUAGAAUGUUUUAUCUUCACAGAAACAGUAGUUUGAAUAUAAUCUGGCAGAGCAAUGAAAUCAUCUACCUUUUUAUUUUCGAAAACAAACGACAAUUUGAUAUUUGGAGAGGAAGAAAAACUUCGGAAUCGUAUCUUGUAAAAAGGGCAUGUUGUUUCAACAAGAAUACAGUAGAUUCUUCGUUCGAAUUUGUCUCUGAAAAAGAAAGCGACUAUUAUAUUGCAUUUUAUCGCCCAGAAUCCUUUGGCCGCGCAGUCUCUUUGAACCUGACUUUGAAGUUCAGGAGACCUUCGUUUGAUUUUAGCAAAACAACAGCCAACUGCCAGACAUCAAAGGCCACUGGUUGUUCUGUGCCAUUAAGCUUUGGUUCAGAUGAAAAAACAAUAAUCGAAGUGCCAAACACUACAAAGCGGGGCAUCCCGAAAGAAAACGAGGUUGAGUGGAAAUGUGAGGCUAGGGUUUGGUUUUAUUUGGUUGUUUUUGGUUCGGCAGUCAUUGGACUUUGUGCAGUAUUUGUUUUGAUAUUUUUUAUUCAUAAACAUGCCAGGAUGCGUUUGCAGGGCGAAAAAAGGAAACCUACGGAACCUUGGCAAGUUUUAAAAAGUGAAGCAACUACUGACGGCAAUAGGAAUCAUGUUGCGAGCGGGUUCGUAAAGGGGCCAGUUCCACGUGACGCAGUGUCCUACGAAUCGAUUGAAAAUUAUCAUAAUUGGGCGCUCGAUGAAGAAGAAUGGGUAGACAUAACACAAGAUACGCUUAAAAGUGUAAGUAGUUACACGCCAAGUGAACGUGAGAGUAGAAGUGCCUCGCAAAUCGCAACAAUCUAUAAAGACAAUGCUGACGCGAGAAUGAGUCGCCUUAGCAGCAAUGCCUCGAUUGUGAAAUACGUUGCUAAGAAACCCAGGAACCAAGCUCAAGCUGAAAUUGGAAAGUCAGAGGAUGCUGGGUCUAGUAUGGCUGCAAACCAGGAGAUAAUCCUGAAUUUUCCACCUUUUAAUCCUGCUGGCGAGCAAAAAGAAGAUGGUCAACAUGAGAAUGAAAUGGCAGAGAAAAAUAAGGAGCUGUUCUUACACCCAAAACUUAAACCUUCACGUUCAACAGGCUAUUUUAGAGUAUUGUCUCCUAUUAUUCAAAAGAAAACUGGAAAAGUCACAGGCCAAAAAGAACGCCGUACACCAAAUCCUGUGUUUUAUAGACCUGGUUCUCGGGGGUCCGUUUCAAAUGAGAAAAUAUCCAUAGGAAAUCCAAUCAAUAUAUAG